CGGAAAUUUUCCAGAAAAUAAGUGAGAUAAAUAACGAAAUAAUUAAAUUUAAAUUAGUGGAGAAAUUUGCAAUAUCAAAAAUAAUCAUAAUUUAAUAAGAUAAAAGCUUCCUGAUUAGAAAAAAAGCGCAUAUUAUUGCAUCUGGAGAAUUUUUUCAUCCAUUAAAAAUCAGUGCGAAGAAAAGACGUAAAAAUUUUGUGUGUACCAACGAAAGAGCGGUGAAAACGUAACGCGCGAAAGGAGAAAGAGGAAAACGUAAUAGCGUGGCUAGAAGAAGCAACAACCGAAGUAGUGUUGUUCGCUUGUGCGCACUGUGCCUAGAAAAUGAUGGAAAAUUAUGAGGACAUCAGGCUAGCGCACAUAAAUUCGAAGGAAAUCGUCGAUAUGCGCGAGGUCAAAAUCCAAAGUAGUAAUGAGUAUUUGAAUUUUGACCGCACACAAGCAAAUUUCGGUUUUGGCGCCGAAAUGUUGUCAAUAAAUACUGCGCCAACGUCGACGACGGCAUCGGCAGCAACAAGCGAACACCAAGGCAAAGCAAAUUGUGAAAUCAAAACAAAAACAUUGCUUCCAACAGAAGAACAAGAAAUUGGCGGCAACGCCGACACAUCGUCUGGGCAAAUUGAAAGUGAUUUAGAGCAGUUUGAAGACAAAAAAUCGCUGGAAAAAUCCAAUGGCUCAGAUCCCGAUGAUGAUGAUGAUGAGGACGACGAUGAAGAAGAUUGUGAAGAUGAUGACGAUGACGACGACGAUUCCAGCUCAGAAUGCUCUUCUCUCGGUCCAGAUUGGAAAAUGCGUUGGCUUCAACGUGAGUUCUACACAGGACGCGUCCCACGUCAGAUAAUCGCCAGUAUAAUGCCACACUUCGCCACAGGUCUGGCAGCCGAUGCGGAAGAUUCGGUUCUAUGGGACUAUUUGGCACAUCUGCUUAACGAGCCAAAGCGUCGAACCAAGCUCACAAAUGUGAACACCUUUGAUGAUGUGAUUGAAUUGGUACAGAAAUCUGAGAACAUCAUUGUGUUGACAGGCGCUGGCGUCUCCGUUUCCUGUGGUAUACCAGAUUUUCGUUCCACCAACGGGAUAUAUGCACGACUAGCGCACGAUUUUCCCGACCUCCCCGAUCCACAGGCCAUGUUCGAUAUUAACUACUUCAAGCGUGAUCCGCGGCCGUUCUACAAGUUUGCUCGCGAAAUCUAUCCUGGCGAAUUCAAACCGUCCCCUUGCCAUCGAUUUAUUAAAAUGCUCGAGACAAAGGGAAAACUGUUGCGCAACUACACGCAGAAUAUCGACACGCUUGAGCAGGUAGCGGGCAUACAACGAGUUAUUGAGUGCCACGGUUCGUUCUCAACAGCUUCGUGUACCAAAUGCAAAUACAAGUGCAAUGCCGACGCAUUACGGGCGGACAUAUUUGCCCAACGCAUUCCCGUCUGUCCUCAAUGUCAGCCAAAUGUGGAACAGAGUGUCGAUGCCUCUGUGGCAGUCACCGAGGAAGAUCUAAAACAGAUUGUUGAGAAUGGCAUAAUGAAGCCCGACAUAGUAUUCUUUGGCGAGGGUCUGCCUGACGAAUACCAUACGGUCAUGGCCACAGACAAGGACAAGUGCGACCUCUUGAUUGUUAUUGGAUCAUCGCUGAAGGUGAGGCCUGUGGCUCACAUUCCCAGCAGCAUACCAGGAUCGGUGCCCCAGAUACUUAUCAAUCGUGAGCAACUACAUCAUUUGAAAUUCGAUGUGGAGCUACUGGGCGACUCCGAUGUCAUCAUCAAUCAGAUUUGUCAUCGCCUGGCUAAGGAACCAGGCACCGGAUCCAAUGAUUGGUUGCAGCUUUGCUGCGACGAUGCCGUACUGAAUGAGUCCAAAGACCUGCUGCCCAUUGAGCAUCUGCAUCAUCACCGCCACUCCACCUCGGAAAGUGAGCAACAGUCACAAUUGGACACAGACACGCAGUCGCUGAAAUCGAAUGGUUCGGCCGACUAUUUGCUUGGUUCAGCAGGCACCUGCUCGGAUAGCGGCUUCGAGUCUUCUACAUUCACAUCAGUGCACAGCAAACGCGUACAGAGCAAUGCGGCCGAUCGUGCUGCCAUUGAACGCAUAAAAUCGGACAUACUGGUCGAGCUAAAUGAGACGGCAGUGCUGAGCUGUGACAGAUUGGCUGCGCCAACUGUGGUGAAUCGUCAUCUUUCGAUUGACUCGUCGAAGGACAGCGGCAUCGAGCAGUGUGAGUUCUCAAAUCCCGCCCAGCCUGAGCCGUGCAGCAGCAGCAGCUGCAACAAUGAAGCAACCCAACACAACAUUUAUGUUAGCAAUGCAGGGACAAGUGGCGAUGGUGGUGGCCACUGCGAUAACGUCGUGCAAGAAACCAAAACCGCAGCUCCUAGUUUGACGCCAACACCACCGCAACGCAAACGACAAAGUGCAGCUGAACGUUUGUUUCCAGGCACUUUCUAUUGCCACACAAAUAAUUGCUCCUACGUCUUCCCAGGAGCACAAGUAUUUUGGGACAAUGACUACAGUGACUUGGAUGAUGACGAUGAUGAGGAUGAUGAGAGCAUCGCCGGUGGCGAGGAUGACGACGCCUGCGAUUUGAAUGCAGUGCCUUUGUCGCCGCUGCUACCACCAUCGGUGGAGGCUCAUAUAGUUACUGAGAUAGCCAAUAGUGCGUUGGAUGUAACCGAAGAGUGCAGUCCCACCAAAAAGCGUCGCUCAGAAACUGCAGAAACCGCGCUCGAUAGCUCGAUAAGUGAGUCUCAGAUGCCCGCCUUGAUUUGCAGUCCCCCUCCGAUUAAAAAGCGGCGAUCCAGUGCUGAGAACUUGCCUGACCAAACUCAAGGUACAGAAUCAUCAAAAGAAAAAUCAACGGCGCUUGCAAUUGUAUAAAGCUUUUGGUCGUAUAAUAGAUUAAUAUAUUUAUUUAAAUUACUUUUACCGCCAAGAUCAUCUCUUAUAAAGUCUACGUUUAUACAAGGCUUAAACAUCUUGUAUUGAAUUCAUGAA